GCAAUGCGGCAACCGGCGGUACGGCUGCUGCAGCUGAGUCAGGUGCCGUAUGCCGAGCUGCUGGCGCUGCAGGAGCGCUGGCUGCGGCGGCUGCAGGCCGAGCCAGGGACCGAGGCGGGCGCGCUCCUGCUCUGCGAGCCCGCGGGGCCUGUGUACACCGCCGGACUGCGCGGCGGCCUGACGUCCGAGGAGGCGACGCGGCUGCGGGCCUUGGGUGCCGAUGUGCGCGCCAUUGGCCGCGGCGGCCUAGCCACCUUCCACGGCCCGGGCCAGCUGCUCUGCCACCCCGUACUCGACCUGCGACCCCUUGGCCUGCGCCUGCGCGCCCACGUGGCGGCGCUGGAGGCGUGCGCCGUGCGCCUGUGCGAGCUCCAGGGCCUACCAGGUGCCCGCGCGCGGCCCCCACCCUACACCGGCGUCUGGCUGGGCGAACGCAAGAUCUGCGCAAUCGGAGUCCGCUGUGGAAGGCACAUUACAUCUCACGGCCUGGCGCUGAACUGUUCUACGGACCUCACGUGGUUUGAGCACAUUGUGCCCUGUGGGCUGGUUGGGACAGGUGUCACUUCCCUGAGGCUGCUUGAAUGUUCUCAUGACCUGGCAACUGGCUUCCCCCAGAGCAAGUGAUGCCAGAAAGAGACAAGGUGGAAGCCACAAUGUCUUUUAUGACCCAGCAUUGGAAGUCACACAGUCAUUUCUGCAGUCUCUUAAUAUGUGAGCCCUAUUCAGUAUGGAAGAGACUGCACGAGGGUGAUAGGAGGUGAGGAUCAUUAAGGGCCAUCUUGGAGACUGACUACCACAGGCAGUUAGAAUAGAAAGAACCUUGAAUGAGAAGUCAGGCAACUCUAGUUCCAGUCCUGGCUCUGUGGAACAGUAACCAACAACAUUCAAGAUGGUGGUUGCUUCCUGAGGGACUGCAAUGAGCAGAGCUCCCUGCUGCUGAUGGACAUGUGGUGGAGUUCUGCCACCAAAAUGUGAGGGUUGUUCAUUACGACAGCAUAACUAGCUUAUGCUGACGGAUAAAAUAUGUUUAUAUUAAUUAGGACUCUUGUAUUUGCAAGUGUAGAAACCCAACUCAAACUAACUUAAGCAAAAACAAACAAUCAAACAAAUCCCACAAUGGGAGGGUUAUUGGAAAAGGUACUGAGGGGGUCUCAUAAAAUCCAAGGGUGGGGCUGCAGCUGGGCUCCAGAACAGAACCAGAUCAUGUAGCCCUUUAGGAACCCACAUGGUCUUUUCUCUCCUGUUCUCUGCCGUGAGUCUUGGUGUGUUUGCUUCAUUCUAUCUUACUUCAGUCCAGCUUUCUUUGUUUCCCAGGCCAUGUAGUGGAAGAUGGCUACUACUGCUGUUAUCCAUGAAUGUUGCAGUAAAGUCAAGGAAAAUCCCCAGGUUUCUGGCUUGAGCAAGUGGGUGGAUGCUAGAGGUAUUGCUGGGAUAGAGAACUCUGGAUAAUGACCAAGUUUGGAGAGAAUAAUAAUGAGUUCAGUUUUAGGUAAAUCAGGUUUGAGAUACUUGUGGAAGAUGUAGGUGGAGAGGGCCAGUUGGGUGUUUGAAUCUGGAGCAUGGCCGUGAUGAGCGAUGGUUUCGGUCUGGGAGCCCAAAGAGAAGGGGAGGGCAGAGGACUGAUAAAUGUGAGGCACGGGCCAAGGAGGAGCAGGCCAAGGAGACUGAGAAGCAGUCUAGGCAGAGACAUAGUGCGGGACCCAGAAUGAGACAACAUGACGAUCUCAUUCACUCUUCUGGCAGCACAGCAAGAUAGGUAGGCUUAUUUUAUGGAUGAAAAAACUGAGGCCUGGGAGGCUAAGUGAGUUAUUUGAGGUCAUGCACUUACUUAGGGGCAGAGUCAGUCCCUGGCUCCUAAUCUGGGCUCUUUUCCACUCUUCCACAGCUGCCUCUGAAGGGUGAGCAGGGCAGGUAUCCUGGAGGAGACAUGCCUCCAAGAACAGGUGGGUCGACAGAGCUGAGGAGGACGCAGGGCAGAAGGCCAGAUUUAGGCUGAGGCCGGACGUGUGGAAUUGGCUCAGGCCACUGCUGUGGGUUCCUGACUCUCCUUCCUUUCUGGACAGAGCCCACCUACGCUUUCCCACUGGGGCCCUUCCUCAAGGAAGGAAGCUGAGUGUACGAAAGAGGAUAGUUAACACCCUGGCUUUUCCACCUCCAGAAAGCCUCUUCUUGUUUAUGAGAAGUCUUUUCCUCAUAAAUAAACAAAUUGUCCAAGGUCUGGUGAAUGAGUGCUAAGUGUGAGGACGUGACCAACUGCAGUGACUGGCCCAGCAUCUUGUUCCUUUGGCAGGAAACCAAACAGAACCUGCUCUGACAGUGUGACCAGGUGCACCUCGCUUCAUGAAAAAAGCCUCUGACUGAAAACCUUCAUGGAAAUCAGAUAUUUGCAAUCAAAAUCUAAUUUUUUCACUAAAUUGUAAUUUACCUUACCUAUUAUCAUACCAUAUUAUAAUAACUAUAAAGUUUUAACAAACAACAACACUUGCACUCCCACCUAAAAAAACAUUCUUUUCAUUUGUGUGUUUCCAGCACUUGAUUAUGAGCAGACAUCUUUUAUUAUUCUGUUCUAUUCUGUCUUAUAAUUCUAUUAUGAAUUAUUAUGUGGAUAAAAUUAUGUAUACUAUUUUAAACCAUAGUAUUACAGAGAUUUUCCCACAUUGCUAGAUAGCCUUUAUAUUUUUAACAUUUAAUCUUGUUUUUAUUUCUUUUAAAACUUAGAUCUUUUAAAAAAAAUAUAGGCAAUGCAUACACAUGGAAUAAAAUUUAAAAGGUACAAAAUGCUACCAUUGUAAUGUAAGUCUUAUUCCUAUCCCUUUCCCCUGUAAACCCAGUCCCUUUCCUGGAAGACUAAAUGAUGGUAAAUGUCUUAUUUAUAUUCUUCAUAGAUAUUUUAUAUAUAUAUAUAAGCAUACAUGCUUAUAUGUGUACAUUCUUUUUCAUAUAGUAGCAUACUAUACACACAUCCCUUCACUUUGUAAGAUUGUUUCAGGUCAGUAUAUAAAGAACAUCCUCAUUUUUAAAAACGGCUGUGGAGUCAUCCUCAUUUUUUGAAACAGCUGCGGAGUAUUCCGUUCAGUGGAUUUACCAUGACUUAUUUAGCUAGCCCCCUAUUGAGGAUGUUUAGGUUAUUACUAAUCUUUUUCUUUUACAAAUAAGGCUGCAAUGAGGAUCCCUGUAUAAAUGUGCAUGUGUGUCUGUGUGUGUGUCUGCAUAUUGUAUCAGAUACGGUGAGCACAGAGUUUGCGUUUCUAGAAGUGAUUUUCUGAGUCAAAGGACAUGUGCAUUUUUAUUUUAAUAGAUAUUAUCAUAUUGCCUUUCAUAAAACAUACCGAUUUAUAUUCCCAUUGGCAAUGUACAAUGCCUGAAUUUUAAAUGUUCUAGCAUCUUAGAUUUUUCUUCAUCUUGAAAGCUGUUUAUUAUAAAAUCUUUCAAACAUACAACAAACCCCAUGAACCCCAUGUACGCAUAACGCAGGUAAAACAAUCAACUCAUGGCCAUUCUUAGUUUAUCUAAACCAGUGCCUAUUUCCUGCCUCCUCCCUGGAUUGUUGUGAAGCAAAUCACAGGUACCAUAUUAUUUCAUGCAUAAGUAUUUCAGUAUGUAUUCCCAAAAGAUAAGGACUCUUUAAAAAAAAAUAACCACAGUGUGUCAUAACACAUAUAAAAAAUACUUAUUCAAUAUCAACAAAUAUUCAGUUAAUAUUCAGAUUUCUGUUUUUCUCCCUCCUCCCCCGCUCCAUCCCUCCCUCCGUCCUUCCUUCCUGUAGUUGGUUUGUUCAAACCAGGAUUCAAACAAGGUCUACACACUGAAUUUGGCUCAUAUGUCUCAUAAAUGUCUCUUUUCACCUACGGUUCCCCCGCCAUCUUUUUUAUCUUUUUCUCCUGCGUUUCCUGAAGGUUAAAAAGUAGAUCCUGACAAUUGGCAUGAUUCAGGUAUGAUUUUUUUAGCACAUCUGCUUUGUAGGUGAUGGUGUGUUCUUACAUCAAGUAGCAUGUAGUAUCUGUUUUGGGGGGUUUUUUUCCUCUUUUUUUUUUUGUGAUGACUAUGCCCUAGAUUCAUUAUUUUAUUAGGGGUUUGCAAGAUGUGAUACUCCGAUUCUAUCAUUCCUUCUUCACCUACCAGCUGGAAUAAGUCUAUAGACCUGGCAGGCUGAGUGCAAAAGAACUCAACAUGUCCGGUAGCAUUAGUGUUAUUAGCAUUUUAUUAGAUUUUUAGUUUUGUUCAUUUUCAUUAAAAUUUGUAUUGAAUAAAUACUAUGUAAAAGAUUUGCUUUUACAGUUGCAUUGGAGUUUAAGCUGAGUUUAAAUUUGAACAUAUUUAGGUUAUCAGCACUGAGUACCUCAAUGAUUUUUUCCUUUAAAAGGGGUUCCUAAAUCAUUCAAGUUCAUGAGACACUGGUAUAAGGCUAUAGUGUUACAUUUUUUCAAUUUACCUAAGCUGUGAGCUUUUCUAAGCCAGAGACUCUUUCUUUGUUUUGUUUGUUUGUAUCCUAGCAUGUGAAAGGAAACAGUGGUUCAAUGACUGUUAUUAUGAGGAAUUCCCUGUAGCUUUGGUCCUUUUGUUGACAGACGUCAGUAUCCAGUCUGUGAAGUGGUCAUCCCAGCCCUGCUCACACAGCUCCAGACGUGGAGCAUUCUUCAUAAUUCUGAUUGUUAGAAAGUUGUUCCUCAUCCCAAACUGAAACCUGCCCUCAACAGUGUCAUAAUUCUGCCCUCCUGUAAGUCCUCCUCUGAGAGGUCUUCCCUGGCCACACUGUGCAUCCCCCUCGGGUGGCAGUGGCCCCUAUAAUGUAGUUACUUAUUUCCAUGUCUGACCCCGUCCAGACUGUGAGCUCCCCAGGCAGGGACUAUAGCUGUAUCACCCAUGGCCCUCUCAGGACCAGCCCAGGGCCUCACACAGAGAUGCCCAGAAAUGGCGGGUUGAGUCAGCAAAUGAAUUCUAUCCUAGGAGCGGGCUCUUCUUCAAGUUAAACUUUCCUGAUUCUUCUGUUCUUCAUAAAAUAUGGCUUCCAGAUUCUGCCCCCACUGCCCUCAUCUCAACAGGUUCCAAUUGGCUAACAUGGCCUUAACCUGUGUUGCUUGAAGAUAACAUGCCUGGUGCGGUCUGGCCAGUGUUGGGGAAGCUAGUAAAAUAGUCUUGUUCAGGCUUCAGAGGCAACAAUAGGCCUUUGACUAAAAAAGACCCUGGGGCUUCCCUGAUGACGCAGUGGUUGAGAAUCUGCCUGCUAAUGCAGGGGACACGGGUUCGAGCCCUGGUCUGGGAGGAUCCCACAUGCCGCGGAGCAACUAGGUCCGUGAGCCACAAUUACUGAGCCUGCGCAUCUGGAGCCUGUGCUCCGCAACAAAAGAGGCCGCGAUAGUGAGAGGGCCGCACACCGCGAUGAAGAGUGGUCCCCGCUUGCCACAACUAGAGAAAGCCCUCACACAGAGAUAAAGACCCAACACAGCCAAAAUAAAUU